AUGUCUGCUCCCGCAUCUGGGUUCACCACCGUCACUCAGUCCUCCACUAAACAUCCACCCAUCCUCACUCCGGGCAAGAUCACUCCCGCCAUCGCCCAUGUGUGGGAGAAUGCCUGCCUGCAGUAUUUUAAGCACAACGCUAUCAUCAGCGAUUGGUACUAUAACAACAGCAACACCUUCGACGUGAUGAUGUGGAAAGACUUCCUCUCCACCUUCCAUGCUCACUUCCUGCCCAAGGGAUGGGAUUCGGCAGUUCUGACACAGCUGCUUUGCACUCACCAGAAGGAAGAUGAGAACUUCGAAGACUGGAUCCUCAGCAUCGAGAAGCUCAACACCACCCUCCGUGGUACCACCUCUCGCCUCGAUGAUGCUCGACUCCGAGCCCAAAUCUCUGCUAACAUUUGCGAAGACCUCCGCUUCGCCUGCGAUGACAACGACGUCAAGAACAUCAUCUCAUUCAAAGACUGGAAAGACAAACUUUCCCAGCUUGACACCGUCCGCAUGUGCGAAUGCACGCAUAUCCUCCGCAUCACAGGUGCGUCCAACCGCGGCAAACCCCCCCCUCUCUCGACCACGACCAAAGGAGGCAUCUCUCGCCGCAAGGGUCCCAAGCUCCCCCCUCUCACCGAUGAAGAGCUGAAGCUCCUCCGCAACAAUGACGGCUGCUUCAAAUGCCGGAAGUUCUUCAUCUCUGAGAAGGAGCAUGGAUGA